AUGUUCCAUGGCUGUACUGUCUUUUUCCUCUUCUUCUUGAGAGGUUCCACCGAAACCUUGAACAGCUGGAGUGCUGGCAGCGUGCAUCCUCACAACCAUGGAGCUUUUGCACAUGUGGCAGCAGAUGGGGAGCUGGCCAUCCGGCGCAAGCUCAUGCGCUCCAGCAAGGCUGAUGCCAGGCUGGAUCAAGUGGCUGAGCGUCACUUUGGGUCUGCGUCCUCUGUGCCCUACGCCAACUAUGGGCCAGCCACCUGCCGCGGGUCUCAGCUGAAAUGCCCUCAGGAUGGCAGCGACCCCUGCAGCCAAGUGGAUGGCUGCAAUGCGGCCUACCACAAGUGCCCCAUCAACGGCCUCGAGGAAGGCUACAAGAAUUGUGCCCCGCACCCCCAGGACAAUACCACCUGCAGAUCGACUGCCACUUGCUACUUGAAGUGCUCGGGCGUCCAUGCGGAGAAGAAAGCCCAUGGGCCUGGCAAGCCGCGGUGCGAGGACUUAGGCGAUGACACCUGCAACGGAGACAUUAUGUUGUCGACUUGCAGGUGGAGGAGAACGGUCUUGGGUACGAGUGCCAGCUGUCGGGAGACUCGACCUGCACCCGUGCCAAAACCUGCGGGGCGCAGAAUCCCCCGGAGAGCUUGGGGCGGCCCCAGUGCGAGGCACCUGAGGUGCUGCACCAAGCCGAUGCUGGAGCCUGCCAGGAGUCUAGCAGAGUGA